GACUCACAUGAACCAAUCCAGGUAUUUAGAUGGGAACCUGCAAUAACGAGGCGCUAACGUUGCUGCCGCUCCGGCCGUGGAACCCCCCCCCGGCCUCUCCCAGCGAUGCCUUCGGGCGUGUCGCCGUGGCUGGCAGGUGAAGGGGCAGGUUGAGCAGGUUGCUCCCUGAAUGCCUGAAUGCUGCACUGGGCCCUCCUCCCUCGCUCCCGUUUCUCUCUCCAGCGCCUUCGCUCAUUCAAGAAGAGAUUUGUUUUCACCUGUGCACCUGUUUUGAUCCGAUCCAGCCCAGAAAGGUAAGGAUUCACCGGAGAAGGCUGAAAUGAAACUAAAAGCCGAGCGGCGAUGGAGCGUCUGCUGAAAACCGCCGUGUGGCUCCUCCUGUUCGUCCAGCUGGCAGCUCAGACCACCGACUCUCCAGGCCGCACGCUGGACAAGGCCUGGCUCCGCGAGCCGCCCAGGAAGCUCGGCCGUGUGAACGGCACCACCGAGGAAGAGGACGCGUCCAGCAUGGACAGCGAAGGAACCUCUGGCUUCACGGUAGCAGAUCCUGAAGAAGAACUCAACGUAAUUGCUCAGAACAGCAACACCACGGAUCAAGAGGUCGCCGAGGCGACGGCGCCUCCCGCUCCCACGGCUUCAGUUCCCGCCAACACGAGCCUGGUCAACGGCACAAAAGACCACACCUCCACAGCGCCGCCGCCCACCUCGGACCCCGAGACCAAGAACUCCACUGGGCUUCCUGACUCGCAGCCGACCGCCGUCGCUCCACAGGCCAACGCUACCCGAGCGCCGGCGUUCACCAACAGCACAGAGCCCAACGGCACCAGGGCAGCGACGCCCGAGCCCAACGGCACCAGGGCAGCGACGCCCGAGCCCAACGGCACCAGGGCAGCGACGCCCGAGGCCAAUGGCACCUCCACGCCGUUCCCCCCGGAGACGACCGCUGCGGGGCCGUGGACCUCGACGCCCACGUCCGUGGACACGCCUGCGAAGGCCAACAAGACGGACAAAGACGCCGCCCUCGGAGAAAGAGGUUUCGCCUCAGAACCGCCCAGGAACAAACGCUACGCGCAGUGGGCCGCGGUGCUGGGGACCAUGCUGGCCGUGAGCGUGCUGGGCCUGGUGGCCUACGCCGUGCUGAGAAGCAGGCGCCACAAAGGCUUCUCCCACAGGAAGCUGGUGGAGGAGUACCCGUCAGACCCAGUCCUCAGACUCGACAACAGUGAACCUCUGGACCUGAACUUCGGCGGCUCGGCCUAUUACAACGCAGGACUCCAAGGAGACAGCAUCCAGAUGACGAACUUUCCAGGACGCCACUGAAAGCGGCCGACCUCAUGAACUGUCUUCCUGCCCACUGACAUGAAGUCGUCGUGUAAAUAAGAGAAUGCUGGAAGUCCGACUUGUGGACAGAGGUUCUGUAGAUUCGCUCUCACACGUAUGAUUUCACACUGUGCUGCAUAGAUUUACUGAAGUAGAACGUGAACUACAACGGCCACAUUUAACCUUCAGCCAUUUGCGUAUGUGUGCUGCCAAAACAUAAUCAUUUACAUCCUUAACUAACCGAUAACCUGCUUCGCUGUCAAUGAAGACCUUCAAAAAAUAAAGACACGAAAGAAGAAAAUACUAAGAAAAACAAGUGUUAUGGCUUUUGGUUUAAGUUGAUUCCUCUUGUUCUAGUAGGACAUUUUAUAUUCUAAUAGGGUCAAAGAGUGGAACUAGGCCGCGCUUCUGCAGCUGAUUUUCUGUUCGUCAGUAAAAGCUGAGUAACCGAUCGGGGAGUGGACCUGCUGAGGCACCGAAGCCCACGGCCACAGCGAACAAUGGCAGCGUCCGGAUCAACUUUCACCCGCUGUUCACAAAGGAAUAAAUGAUAUUAGAUCCAAACUGUGCUUCCCCAUGAUCCACCGAUUGGAAAUGAAUCAUCAAACCAACAACGGGUUUAUUUAUCUGCCGCAGCGACGGAGGCAGAGCGAGGCUGGAGCUGCUCGGCUGCUCAUUAACCCAGGGUUUGAGAUUCAGGAGGGGAGCGGUGCAUGAGGUCCUCACCGCUCUGUAGCCACAAAUACAACAUCCUGUUCAAUCUUCUGACCUCCAGUUGUCCAAACAACGCAUUCUGCUCCUCAACAGCAACGUAGGCGCGAACAGCGUCUUCAGACCCGUCUGACUUUAAGGAGCCGCUGCCUGGUGUGAAAAGCUCCAAUAAUAUUUCAUAAUUACUGUUUUGUAGCUGUACAGGUGAAGGAAAAGCCUCCAGAAUUCAUCAUGGAGCUUUGUUGUUUCUGAAUCUCUCUGCUCCGUGAUUACAGCUGAUGUGAGACGUGAGGCUGGACGCUGCAGCUUCCUCGCUGUAAUUUCAUACAUCAAUCAGUGCGAGAAGCAUUUGGUUAAAGAAUUGCAGUGAUUACUGAACAAAUAAUGAAUCAUAGGAGACGUCUGCAUGUAUGUUCAUCACAAUUUCCUGUAAAAUAUUAAAAGGACUAAACCAAG